AUAAUUUAAUACGCAUCUUGAACCAAAAUGGCGCUGUAAAAAUCUAAAGCAAUAACAUAGCUCACAUUAAAAAUCUGACACGCUCCUUACGACUGAUAAUUUACGUAGAGAUAGUGGUUGUUCUGGUUGGUAUAUUGUGUGGAAGUGUUGUUUGUCGAAGUUCCGAUUUGUGCGUGAGCUGCUGGGUGGUAUGUCAGAUAGCCCUCCGGCAUCUGAAGUCAGGCAGCCUAACAAGACAAGGAAAAUUCGUAGGGAGUAACUCGAAAAAACACAAAAUGAAUAUCCGGUGUGCUCGGCCUAGUGAUCUAAUGAACAUGCAGCACUGCAAUCUGCUGUGCUUGCCAGAAAACUACCAGAUGAAAUACUACUUCUAUCAUGGACUAUCUUGGCCUCAGCUCAGUUAUGUGGCUGAAGAUGAAAAGGGACAUAUUGUGGGUUAUGUACUAGCUAAAAUGGAAGAAGAUGGCGAGGACAACCGCCAUGGACACAUCACUUCUCUGGCUGUAAAGCGAUCUCACCGUCGCCUCGGUCUUGCACAGAAACUCAUGAACCAAGCCUCACUAGCUAUGGUUGAAUGUUUUCAGGCUAAGUAUGUAUCUCUACAUGUAAGAAAAAGUAACAGAGCAGCACUGAACUUAUACACCAACAGUCUUGGAUUUAAGAUACUGGAAAUUGAACCGAAGUACUAUGCUGAUGGUGAAGACGCAUACUCUAUGAUGCGGGACCUAAGUGCCUUUGCGGAGACCAAACCUGAGCCCCAAACGGAGAACUUGGAAAUCAAAUCUGAAUCUGCAGUCAUAUCACAGUGCUGAUUGACAUUGUAAAUAAAGCAUUUAACCAUAAUUUAUAA